CGAAAUAUCGAUUUUUAGGCCCCUACGCCGUGGUUCGAUGCUCAUAUCUGCCCCGUACCCCGUCCGUAACGCGCCAUUCAAAACACGAACGCGUGAGCUAAAUAUUAUUCGUUGUUUUGUUCAGUUACGUCGAGAUUUCGACUUUAAAAAUUUUUUCAAUCAAUCUAUCAAGUGAUUUGUCAACCGGUGAUCAUUUAAAUCAAGAAAAUCUCCAAGAUCACGUCAAAACAGUCAACAAUCAUUCGACAAUGUCGUCAGAAAAAAUGGCAAUUGCCGCAUCAGAAAAUUAUCAACUAAAAUGGCAUAGCUAUGGAGCUCAUCUUCAUAGUUCAGUUGCAACUCUCCUUCAUUCAGAAUCAUUUGCUGAUGUUUUGCUGGCAACUUCUUGCGGUCGUCACAUUGCUGCUCAUCGUUUUGUUCUCGCUGCUUGUUCCUCAUAUUUAAGUCACAUUUUUCAAACCUGUCAUUUCGGAGCCAACACCAACUCUCCAAUAAUUGUGGUUCUUCCAACUGAAAUUGGAUAUCGUACAUUAAAAAUAUUAAUCCAGUAUAUGUACAGUGGAGAAGCAACUGUCACUAAUGAUCAAUUAGAAGGAGUUUUGAAAGCUGGAGACAUCUUAAGAGUUCGUGGUUUGUGGAGAUCAAACUCAACGAGCAAAAAAGAAAAUAUCCAGUCUAAUAAUCAAAAAGUAGAACGAGAUAAAAGAGAACAACAGCCUAUACCAGGACAAAUACAGAAGAUAAAAUUACUUCAACCUCCUACUGAUAAAAUGACGCCAGAACCUGCUCAUACACCUCAGCCCAUGCAAAUUCCAGUUUCUCAGAUGACCCCCACGACGACGAUGACAACAAUUCCAUCAACACCGUCCGUACCAGCACAUAAAGUGAUAGAAAAGAAAAUUACUGAGAAAGUUGGCGAAAAGUUUGUUGAAACUCCAGAACCUAAAAAAAUGGAUGAAACCAAGAGUAAUGAUCAAGGUAAAAACAAAGAGAAUGUUGAGCUUUAUGGAAAGAGGAAGAAAUUAAGUAACAGUGAGGCAGAGUCUACCAAGUCUAAAAGUGAUACAAGUGAAGGAGAAUUGAAUCUGGAUCUUCUAGUUAAGGACGAACCUGUUGAUUGGGAAGAGUCUAUGGAUCCUACUGAAUCAUUAACGAUAGAUCACGAAAUUGAUAUUAAACCCGAAAUAGUUCAUAGUGCGGAUGAAGAUGGAGAUUUAGAGGAGGAAGAAGAAGAAUAUACACCUUUAACUUGUGACAUGUGUAGUCAAACCUUUAAUCGUCCAUCCGAUUGGGUAAAGCACAUUGAAUUUACACAUGCGGAUAUGACGGAAAAUCGACGAAGAAAACGCAAGGAUGACGAAGACGACAACAAAGACUUUCCACCUUUAAAAUGUGAUCUUUGCGGCAACACAUAUCCAACUCCUCAAGAAUGGGUCCGACACAUUCAAACAGAGCACACAGAAGAACAAUUGGCAUUGAUGAAUAACUCAGCACCACCAAAACCAAAACGAGUCCAUAACCACCAAAAACUCUGCAACAUCUGUCAAAAAGUAUUUCCGAGUCACGCAUCAAUGGUGAUCCAUCAACGGACACAUACAGGAGAAAAGCCAUUUCUCUGUUCAUACUGUAAAAAAGGUUUUAAUGUAAAAAGUAAUCUUUUAAGGCAUUUGCGAACACUACACGAUAAAUUUGUACAUCCGAGUCUUUAUGGCAGUAAUGGCAGUAAAAAUGCCUAAACAAUUUCGUACUUUUCGUUUAAAAUUAAAAAUAAGAAUGAAAAGCUCAAUAGCAUGGCAGUGAUCGCAUGGAUAUGAUAUAUACUUAUAUAUUUAGCAUAUAUAAAUAUAUAGAAUAUAAUCAGGAGAUUAAUAUUGAUAAUUUGUUAUAACUAUUAGUUUUUUAAAGUUAUUUUUUAAAUAAUCUCAGUGAUCUGAAUGAAUUAUUAUGAUAUGUACAAGACGAUGUUCGAUUUUAAUCCAUUUCUUGCCUCUUUUUUAUUAAAAAACGUUGAGAGUUAUAGUAUAACUAUAAAGAAUUUUAAUAAUCAUUCAUUUUGUUGAACAAAUGAGUAAUAUAAACAUAUUAAAAACCAAAGAGGCUGACUGAUAUUGCCAAAGUAAUUUUUUUGAUUUACUCAUCAUCAAAAAAAAAGAAAAAAAAAAAAGAACUAUCUCAUCAAUUACUGUCCAAAAUACUGUUUAAAUACCAAAGAUUUUACUCUCAUUCAUUAGCGUAAAUCGAGUAUUUCAGAGUAUGUAUGAAAUAAAAGAAAAUGAUAAAACGAUGAUUGAUAAAAUGAGACAAUGAAUGAUUUACAUAAUAGCUUUUAGCUUUGAAUGUAAGAAGAUAAAACUUUCCUUCUUGCAUUUUGUAAUAUAUAAUUCCGUAUUUUUAUUCUAUCAAUAAUUUAAAUCGUAAAUUAAUAAAACAAGAAACUCAACGUAAUAAAUUACUGAAAGAAAUGAAAAAUCGAAAAUAAAUCUUAAUAAUUCAUGGCUAUUUCAAGUCUGCAAUAGCCAAACAAACUUAUUCCUUUAGAUUGUAAGUUAAUUAUGUAUUUUUAUAUUAAAGUAGCCUAUAUAUUGAAACAUAGAAUGAGGAGUUGAGGUAACAUUUUAAUGGAACAAAUUUAAAAAUUUUCGAUUAGACUAGUUAUAAACAGGGAUAAUAACUAAAAACCAGUUCUUUCAUUAAAAA